AUGAGAGAUGAUGAAUCACUCUCUGUUUAUCUUACAAAACUGUUUGAUAUAAUAAAUCAAAUGUGGAGCUAUGGAGAGGAAUUAUCUCGACAACGAGUUGUUCAAAAGUUGUUAAUUAGUUUGCCAUCAGCUUAUGACUCCAUUUGUUAUGUUAUUAAGCAUUCGAAGGAUUUGGAUAUGAUUGAGGUACAAGAAGUGGUAGCCUCUUUGAAGAGUUUUGAGUUAAUGCUAGAUAGGCAUUCUGAAAACAAAAUUGAAAGAGCAUUUGCUAGUCUUAGUGUGAAUCCCAAACCAGAUAAGUCCACUGGAAAUCAAAGUGCUAAGGACCAAAAGAAUUGGAAGGCGAAAGGUAAAAAGUGGGAUAACAAAUCCACUGAUGGUGCUAGAAAUCCUUGCAAGCACUGUGACAAACUGCAUUUUGGUGAGUGUCGAUUUAAGGGCAAGCCAAAGUGCUACAACUAUGAAAAGUUUGGCCAUCUUGCAAGGGACUGCUAUAGUAAAAAACCAGAGAAACCAGUGCAACAACUCAAAUAUGCCACUCAGGUAGAAUCUACACCAACUAUGUUUUACGCUAGUAAUAAACCUAAUACUAGUGUAAAAGGAUAUGAUGAUGUAUGGUAUGUAGAUAGUGGGUGUAGUAAUCAUAUGACAGGUAGGGAGGAUUUACUUGUUAAUAUUGACAAGAAUGUGACUGCAAAGGUUGAAAUGGGUACUGGACAACUUGUUGAAGUGACUGGUAAAGGGAAUCUUGUGGUUGAAACCAAAAUAGGCAAGCGAUACAUUAAGGAGGUUAUGCUUAUGCCUAGACUGAAAGAAAAUUUACUCAGUGUGGGUCAAAUGAUGGAGCAUGGCUACUACUUGGUUUUUGGAGAUCACAAGGUGGAAAUCUAUGAUGACAGUUCAUAUUCCAACAUGGUUGCAAAACUACAAAUGAGAGGAAAUCGAAGUUUUCUAAUGAAGUUGUAG